AUGCUCCCGAACAUUGUCAAGUCUCUUCUCCUGCUGGCGCUCCAGUUCCAGCCUACAAUCCAGGCCCCUGUCGAGCCAAACGGAAUUGCUCCCCGUGGUGCACUGCCCGUCAGAACCAUUGCAGGCGUCACAGUUGUGGACACCCAAAUCGUUCGUGAUGCGCAUGAGUUUGCACGCCGCCAUACCUCUGACUGGGUUUACAAACAUGUGAUGCGUACCUGGCUCUAUGGUGCUCUCAUCAUCAACAGCAACGCGACCCUCAAGCGCUCUGUUGAUCUCGAGGUCCACGCUGUUGCGGUCCUGCUGCACGACCUCGGAUGGGAUCAGACACCAAACUCGACUCUCAUCAGCACUGAUAAGAGAUUCGAGGUGGACGGAGCAAUCGCCGCCCGAGAAUUCAUCAGGAGCAACAAGUAUGGAAAGAAGUGGGAGGAAAUAAGGGUUCAGCGCGUCUGGGAUGCUAUCGCACUCCAUACACAGCCCGGGCUAUAUCAGUACAAAGAGGUUGAUGUCAAGAUCACCGGCACUGGCAUUAUCGCCGAUUUCCUUGGAUCAAGCAACAGCAUACCGCAGCCUGAGUACGAUGCUAUCGUCAAGGAGUUCCCAAGUGCGGAUCUAAUUCCUGGGACAAAUGAGACAAUCAUUUGGCUCUGCCAGACCAAGCCUAAUUCGACAGUUGAUACCUGGCAGCAAGUAUGGGGAGAGCAUUACGUGGAGAAUUAUUCCACCAAGGGCCUCUCUAUCUGGGACAUGCUGUCCGGUCAAUAG